AUGUCACGUUCACAGGGACAUCGUAAAUCCCAAUCGACAUCAGCACUAUCAUUCCUAGCUUCAUCGUCUCCUUCUCCAUCAUCAUCUUCAUCCUUGACGUCGAUGAUAGAACAUACGCCUCGAAGUCGGGAGAGUGAAAGAAGUAAAUAUCGUCAAAGACAAUCUCAUUUACCAUCUGUUCAUGAAGGUGGACCUCCAUCGACCAAUUCAUCAGCUUCGAUGGCUAUCUUACCUGGAAUAACGACUGAACAAUCUAUGAGAAGGACCAGAUCGAACCAAAGUCAAAGUCAAAGUCAAAGUUAUAAUGCAGAGGAUCAACAAAGAGAAAGGCAAAAAUCUUUAGGAGAAGUGAUGAAAAGGGAGAAAUCAGAUGAAGGUUUACAAAGCUGGUUAAGUGAUGUUAAAUCGUUACGUUCUUCUUCACGAAAACGUUUAUCAGCACUACGUAAUUUGGAAAAGUAUCUAGUAGAAGGGUGCAUAUCAAAGGAUGAAAGUACACUCAAAAUGCUGAUGUCUCAGGAAAUACAUCAAACGUUCUUAUCAUUAUUAACGAGACAUACCUCUUCGUUGACGCAGAGGGCUUCGCACACUUCCAUACCACCAGGCGACGAAUUAGCAAAUUCUUUAAUACCGGAAAUUGAAGUGCUCGCUAGCAUGUUACAAGGUUUAUGUUGUUUGAGUCAAAAAUGUAAAGAUUUCAUAGGUGAAACUUGGGUCACGGAAAUGUUCAUCGACCUUUUACUACUUCUCCGAGCUCAGCCAUCCCUCACUCAAGGUACUAAACCAAUAGCAUACACCAUUAUGGAACUACUGUUCUGCGUUUUGGUAGACUCGCCUAAGAAUGCUAGAUCUUUCGAGAAAUUAGGAGGACUAGAAGCUGUUGUUAGAGUAUUGAAAGGUACUGGAGUGACUAAAGAUGUCAGAAUGAAGUGCAUCGAAUUUCUCUAUUUCUACUUGUUACCAGAGCAAAACAUACCUCAACGUGCUGUAUCGACAUCUUCAUCGUCCUCAACUGAAUCAACUGAAUCAACUUUAUUCCCUCCUUCGCCUCUUAUGACCUCUCAAACCCUUAUUGAAGUGCCCACUAUAGGUCCCACUCCACGGGAAUCCCAUAAAGAACUUAUCGAUCUUGAUAUGCCUUUCGUACCUCUGACACCACGUAAACCCCCUCAGCCAAAUCUAGGCUACCUAACUCCUGCGACAAGGAGAUCAUCAGUCUGCACUUCAAAUAGCUCCACGCCUAGUCUACCAGUAAUUCCUGCUUCACCACGAGUGCCGAUCUCUCAGAGCUCCACCUCGAGAGGCUUGGCAGCUAUGUUGGACGAGAUUGACGGUCCUUCAGCCCGUACCCCUCGGUCAAGUAGAACAGAUAGGAAUCCUAACUCGACUGAAACAAGUGGAAUUGGACUGGGAUUGGGAUUACCUAAAAGUACCAGUGGAUUAGUCAGAUCAAGUACUGUUCAAAGGGAUAUAUCAAAACCUUCUAGAUCUGGUGAAAGCUUAAAAUCAACCGCAUCCACAACAUUCACUGAUCCUUUCAGCUUGACACCUAAGUCUGAGAGAUCAAAUUCGGGAUCUUCUGGAUCAUCCACUGUCGUCCCUGCUUCGAGAAACAUGUCAAGGUCAAAUACACAGCCUACGUUAACUUUAACAGACCAAAACGGACUUCCUAAAGAUCCUAGUACGUCAGGUGUACGUCACAGCAGUAUCAGAAGAGUUAGUAGGAGCCCACUAGUGCAAUCUAUCAUACCAGAGUCGGAAGAUUUGAAACCGAGAUCCCCCAAGAUUAGACACUCAAGAACGCAAUCUCACCUUUCUGGACUCCCCACACAAUCGGUACCACCUGUCCCUCCACUCCCCACGCCAAACGCAGACAAGGUAUCACAAUCACGCACCCCAUCGAAACCUAGAGCGUUCCCUGUAGGGUUGACUAGAGGAAUACCCCCAAGUGUAUCCUCGCCUUCUUUAGGCGUUACUCCUUUGGGCGCAAGCAAGAGAAUACCAUCAGAUAAACGUCCUACUAUACGAAGUACCAAGGACGACGACGACAAAAAGAAGGUGAAAGAAGUCAAGUCAGUUGCAGAGAAAAAAGAAAUGCUUGGCAUGUGGCUAGGAAACGUUGAGCAACUGGUUCAAGGAGUCGAAAAAGUCAGUUUCUGGGGAUCGAUAGGUGCCGGAGCUAGGCAAGGGAGGUAG